AAUAAAAACAGACCCAAUAUUUUAACAUAACAAGCAUCACAUAGAACAUCUUAUUAAUUUAUUUUUUGUAACUCAAACUUGCUAAACUGAGCAUAAUGCCACUAUUUAGAUCUCAAUGUACAUAUAAGCAGUGCUAUAUUCCCUAUGUAUUUUGACGACUUUAUACACAUUUCAAGCAAUUUCAAAACCUACGAUACCGCUUGGGCACCUUUGCUAGUGUUAACUAAAAACUGAAAACUGAAAUGGAAGAGCCGGUCAAAUUUCGAAUGUUUCCUUUCCCAUGUACUAUUUUAAUUUUAGUCCCAAGUCCCUCUUCCGCCCCCUCGCCGCUUGUACCAUCUUUAUUUUAGUCCCAAUUCCCUCUUCCGCCUUAUAACAAACACCUAGUCCGCACAAUUCUCAACCUCCCUAUCAAUGCUAAGGGCUUUUCCUGUGGUUUCCCGCCUACCCAUUCCCUCUCCCGCAAGUACUCAGACUACGAGUGUUUUGAGCAGAAUGAGCUCAACAGCCCCAUCACCAAAAUUCCCAAAAUUUGUUCCUGUGGAAGAGAGUACCAUCCAUUCGAUAAGUAAACCUGAUGGUAUCAGGUUUAGUCUUGUGUCGUAUAACAUUUUGGCUCAGGUAUAUGUAAAGAGUUCCUUGUUUCCACACUCUCCAUCCCCUUGUCUGAGGUGGAAAGCUCGCUCACAGGCAAUUUUGAGUGUUCUCAAGAACCUUGGAGCUGACUUUCUCUGCCUGCAGGAAGUUGAUGAGUACAACAGCUUUUACAAAGGAAACAUGGAGAGCAAUGGCUAUUAUAGUUCUUAUAUUCAGAGAAGUGGGCAAAAGCGUGAUGGAUGUGGAAUUUUUUAUAAGCACGACAUGGCAGAGUUGCUGUUAGAGGAGAAAAUAGAAUACAACGAUCUUGUAGACUCAAUUCUAGAUGGAAAUGGACAUGGUGAUGAUAAACCAAAUAACAAAGAAGCUGUUGAAAACAAAGACGAUGGACCCAAAAUUGGUUCAACAUUACAAAGCGCCCUGGAUCAGGGAGACCCUGAUGAUCCUCGUGUCAGACUGAAGCGUGAUUGUGUUGGAAUUAUGGCAGUGUUCAAGCUUAAAAAUCCUUCUAAUCAUGUUGUUAUUGUGGCAAACACACACCUUUACUGGGAUCCAGACUGGGCUGACGUUAAGCUUGCACAAGCUAAAUAUCUUCUAUCACGCUUAGCUCAAUUUAAAACAUUGGUAUCCCAGAGAUUUGACUGCAGUCCUUCAUUAAUUUUAUCUGGUGACUUCAAUUCAACUCCAGGGGAUAAGUUCAGAUCCUUCGGGUUUCAGUCAUUUACCAGUGUGGGAACAUAGGGGGAUUGAGUAAAUAGGACAUGCGGGUGGAAAUAUCAGCACUCGUGAGUAACCAUAUUGGCAUAGAUUAAUAUGAGAGGUAAAAACUUGCCCGAAGUUUGGCUCAAAUACUUUCUUCUUUUAGUUCGUCUAGUUGGUGGCAGCUUGUUGAAAGAGAAGUACCCCAGGGGAUAAGGCUUAUCACACACUUUCACUUCUUAGUUGACUUGGUUUCCUCUUUGCAUUGCCUAUUGCAUGUGCUUUGUGUGAAUAAUUUCAGAUUCUUUAGGUUUUAUCCUUGGCCCCUUCAGGCAGGUGGUGAUGCAUGCCUGCAUGGGGUACACAUAAAAAUAAAAAGAUAAAUUGAUGCGAGUGUGAGUAAAGAUAAAAUAAGAAUGUACAAAUUGUUUGUGGAGAUGUACUAGCUUAUCUGUACAGAGCUCCUAAAAGUAUACAUGCAAAAGAUUUGCAAGCUGAUCUAAAGUUGCCGGCAAGUAGCUGGGUAGCUUAGAAAAUAUUUUACUUCAAUGACCUCGAAUACUUCCACUAGUUCUAACAUUUUGAA